AUGUAUUACAAGGUUGCUAAAGCGUCCGAGUUUCUGGCUAUCACCGGAGCCGGAAUUUCCGACAUCAAAAUCACCAAGAAGGCCAUCAUCUGGCCUUUUCAGCGAUGCAGAAUCAUCGAUGUCACUCCGGUGAACUACACUUUUGAAGUUCAUGCUAUGAGCUCGGAGAAGUUGCCGUUCCUUCUCCCUGCCGUUUUCACAAUUGGCCCGAGAACGGAAGAUCUCGAGAGCCUCAUCAAGUUCGCUAGGCUUCUCUCUGAACACAGCAGCGAUUCGCACAAUGUGAGGGAGCUGGUUCAAGGUGUGAUCGAGGGCGAAACUCGGGUUCUCGCGGCUUCCAUGACCAUGGAAGAAGUCUUCAAAGGGACUAAAGAGUUUAAGCAGGAAGUGUUUGAGAAGGUUCAACUGGAGCUCAAUCAAUUUGGGUUGGCAAUCUACAAUGCUAACAUCAAGCAGCUUGUUGAUGUUCCCGGCCAUGAGUACUUCUCGUAUUUGGGCCAAAAGACCCAAAUGGAGGCUGCCAAUCAAGCUAAAGUUGAUGUCUCUGAGGCUAAGAUGAAGGGUGAGAUUGGAGCUAAGGAAAGGCAAGGAUUGACCCUUCAAAACGCAGCCAAGAUUGAUGCUGAGACCAAGAUCAUCACUAAGCAAAGGGAAGGUGAGGGAAAGAAGCAAGAGAUUCAGGUUCAAUCCCAAGUCCAGAUCUUUGACACCCAAAAGCAGGCUGAGGUCGCGGAGGCGAAUGCUUUGCUUGCUACCAAGAAGGCCGGUUGGUCUCAGCAAGCAAAGAUUGCUGAAGUGGAGGCUCAAAAGGCUGUAGCCAUAAGAGAUGCAGAGUUACAGCAGGAAGUCGAAAAGAAGAAUGUCUUGGCCAAGACUGAACAACUUAAGGCUGAAAAAUUGAGCAAGGCCACAGUUGACUACGAGAUUCAGGUUCAAGAAGCCAAUUCAGUUCUCUACAAGAAGCAAAAGGAUGCUGAAGCAGUCCUAUACCAGAGGGAAAAGGCAGCAGAUGCACAAAAGGUGGAAGCAAAGGCUCAGUUCUUCGCGAGGCAACAAGUUGCGGAUGCUGAACUGUAUGCGAAAAAGAAAGAAGCCGAAGGAAUGGUGGCUCUUGCUGAGGCCCAAGCCACUUAUGUCAGCAAGCUGUUGCAAUCGUUUGGUGGAAACUACCAUGCCAUGAGGGAUUACCUAAUGAUCAAUGGAGGCAUGUACAAGGACAUUGCCCAAAUCAACGGGAACGCGAUUAAGGGAUUGCAGCCAAAGAUCAGUGUGUGGAGUAAUGGCAAUGGUGGAGAAGGCAAAGAAGGGAGUGCUAUGAAUGAAAUCGCUUCUGUUUACAAGGCUUUGCCGCCAUUGUUUCAGACAGUGCACGAGCAAACCGGCAUGCUCCCUCCGGCUUGGAUGGGCAGUCUCCCUAGUCCUACAAGCUCAGAUGCUAGUCAAGUUGUCAAGGCAAAUUAG